CAAUGUUCUAAAAUUUUCAAUGAUGCGAUUUUUCAUAUUAUCUGCUGUACUUCUAGCGCCCCUUGGGGUCAUCGCCGCUCCUCCACCAAAAUUACACGAUGCAGGGUCUAACGUCGUGAUACCUCCGCCUUGUAUCGCGAUGGAUCCGCCGCCUAGUGAAGAUGAGACACAAAUGCGAUUUGGCAAGUUCGCGUACGCUUUUAUAAUAAAGAAGAACCUUACUGAGGCGUUUGAAUAUGUUUCUUCCACUUAUAUAAAUCACCAACCACUUGCCGGCGAAGAUGGCCCCGAUGCUGCUUUAAAAGUCUUGGGCCCAAUGUGGGAAGAGAAGACACUCAUUCCUCUUCGUACGGCCUUUAAGAGCGACCAAGGAUGGUUGGAUUACAUGGCUAGUGGUGCUGGUGAGAUUAUUGACCGCUUCCGGUGGGAAGCUGGUUGUAUCGUUGAACAUUGGGACGAUGGUGGGAAGUUCCCGGAUUUCUAAGUCAAUGAAGAGUUGAAUCUCAGAGCAACAGCCUCGGUUUGAUAUAAGGGAUAAGGGGCUGAUACAUAUGAUCUUGAAGUACAAUCGCCAUAUAUUAUGUUUGAAUAAUACUUAAUAUUAAUCUAGGAGAUUCUCAUCAACUACUUUGCAUUCGGGAAGAGGGAAGACAAGAUUCUGAGAAACGAACGGUAACGUAAGAAACGUCUUAUAAGCACAGUCUAAG